AUGGCUAUGGCCGGGUGCAGGGCUGCCCCAGUGGCGGCAGAGCUCCUUGGGGCCGCAGCGGCCGCGCCGUCGCCGUGGCCGGUACGCCGUGCCAGGCAAGCCGCCGCCUGUGGGGCCGUUGUUGGGCGCUUGGCGGCGGCGUUGCAGCGCGCCCUCGAGCUCGAGACGCGCGUGGAGGGCCUCGCCCUGCGCCACGCGGUGGCUGCGGGCGAGGCUGCGGCCCUGGUGGCCGCCCGCGCAGCCUUGGUGCCCGAUUGCGGCGUGGCGGCGGCCGCGAGCGGCAAUCCCGAGCCGAAGGUCGCGGCGGCCGAGCUCGUGGAGCGCCUGGCGCUCGUCGCGCCCGUGCUCGACGCGGGCGUCCGCGAGACGGGCGUGAUUGCCAUGGAGGUGGGGGGGCGCAACGUGGCGUGCCACCACCCUGCGCUGCCUGCGGCGGCGGCGCGCGCGAUGCCGCAACGCGAGCUCAAUCGAGUUCAGCAGGAGGCGCGGCGCGCAGGCGGAGGUGAUCGGCAGAGCAGCGGCGACGGCGGCUGCGUGGAGGUCCGCGCCGCAGUCGACGCCCAAGCCGACACCCAGCACGACGCAGAGCCCGCUACCCAGCCCGCGCCGCCAGACGACCGGGGCGGCGAGCUGGAGGGCGAGCACGGCGACGCAGCCAUGAUUGUGCAGAGGCAGCCGUGCGGCACCCGCAGGCUAGCAGCGCUGGUGCUCAGGGAACACGUGGUCGCGGGUGCUUUCGUCGACCUUGAGACGCAGCUCGUGGAGCUGAUGGCCGCCGUCAGGCCGCUGCUGGACCCUGCCGCGAUUGCCCGAGCUCCCGCCAAGUGUCCGCGCGAUGCUGGGCGGGUGCCUGGUCGUGCCAAGACGCAGUCCUCGGUGGGCGGCUGGGCGCCCGAUCGCGCCGAGACGCAGUCCGCGGCGGACGAUGGGAUGGGCUUGCCUUGUCGUGUCAGGACGCCGCCUUUGGUAGACAACAAGAAGGUGUCCGACGUGGCCGGGGACCCGCCGCUCUCGCCGGCCAGCGGAGGCUCGAGCCUCGCGGCCGCCCAGGAGCGCCCCACCUACGCCAGCAAGGUGGAGUUGAUGCUCUCGUUGGUGGGCUAUGCGGUCGGCCUCGGCAACGUCUGGCGGUUCCCCUACCUGGCCUUCUCGAACGGCGGCGGCGGGUUCCUGAUCCCCUACACGCUCGCGCUGGUCUUCCUGGGCCUGCCGCUGUUCGUUCUCGAGCUUGGACUGGGCCAGAUGCUCCGCCAGGGGACCCUGGGCGUGUGGAGGAAGCUGGGCGUUCCCCGUCUGCAGUGCGUUGGCAUGGGGGCUACGCUUGUCACGUUCUUCGUCUCGCUGUACUACAACGUCAUUUUAGCUUGGACAGUGUAUUACAUCGGACGAACGAUCGCGUCCUUCGGGGGCCCGCUUCCUUGGAGCGACGAAAUCGAAGGCUUCCAGUGCAAAGAGCAGGUGCUCAUAGUCGCUGCGAACAUGACUCACCUCCCACUCAUCGUCGAGUCCACUGGCCUCUUCAACCAGAUGUACAAGUCCGCGUUCUGGUGUCCCGAAAAAGGCAUUCCAGACGCGACGACGGAAGUACCGCCUGGAUAUGUCAGGCUGGUGGAGACCCCGAAGCAGUGUCCCGCCCAAGCUGCUGCACAGUUCUGGGAGGAGCAGGUGCUCUGGCAGAGCAGCGGCAUGGACGACCUCGGGGGCUUCCAUCCAGGAAUGGUGGUCUCCUUCACGAUCGCGUGGAUCUUGGUCUACGGCUGCAUCUGCAAAGGGGUCGCGUCGAGCGGCAAAGUGGUCUACGUCACGGCCACGUUGCCCUACGUUGCGCUGGUGGCCUUCUCCUUCCGGGCGAACUCCCUGCCGAACGCGGCCGCCGGAAUAUACUUCUUCGUCAAGCCAGACUUCAAGGUCUUGCUCGACACGAGGGUGUGGUUGCGCGCCGUCACGCAGAUCUUCUACUCGCUGGGUGUGGGCUUCGGCUCCAUCAUCGCCUUCGCCUCGUACGGCCCGGUGAGCAGCAACUUCCCCAGGGACGCUGGAACUGUUUCGCUCAUCAACUGCGGCACGUCGAUAUUUGCAGGAUUCGUUGUCUUCCCGAUCUUGGGUUUCCUCGCGCUGGAGCUCUCUGAGACGGACCCGUGCAUCGACGGCAGCAACUUGGAAGGCCUAGAAUCCGUGGGAAUCUCGGGGACCGGCCUGGCCUUCAUUGCCUUCCCGAUCGCCAUCUCGCAGAUGGCGGGGAGCAGCUUCUGGGCCAUGCUGUUCUUCGUCAUGCUAUUCUGCCUCGGCAUCGAUUCGCAGUUCGCCAUGUGCGAGAGCGUCAUCACAGUCUUAAGCGACGCCGGUGCGGAUAAGUGGCUGACAAGAAGAUUGGGCUGUCAGUUCUCCAAAGGGAGAUUUGUUUUCUUAUACUGCGCGAUCAGCUACAUGAGUGGGCUGAUCUUCUGCACCCGUGCAGGGGUGUACUGGUUCAACUUGUUCGGCCUGCGGACUAUUCAUGCGUUGUGGGACUCUUUUUCGUCACGUUUCUGGAAUGCGCGGGGCUAA